AGGUGGUGUUCAUUUGGAGGGAGGUAGGAGAUUUGUGGGAUAAUUUUGGGGGGAGCAAGGGUUUUGAGUUUUGUGAAUUUUGGUGGUGAAAAGGGGAAAAAAUGGCUCAAACAGUUGGAAGGAAUGUAGCUGCUCCUUUGCUUUUCUUAAAUUUUAGUAUGUAUGUCAUAGUUGUAGGCUUUGCUAGUUGGAACCUCAACAAGUUCGUCAAUGGCCAAACCAAUUUUCCAGGUGUGGCUGGAAAUGGAGCAACUCUGUAUUUCUUGAUAUUUUCGAUUCUAGCUGGUGUUGUUGGUGUGGCUUCAAAGCUGUUGGGUGCAAAUCAUGUAAGGGCAUGGAGGAGUGAUACCCUUGCGGCCACCGCCUCUUCUGCGGUUGUGGCGUGGGCAAUUACUGCAUUGGCUUUUGGGUUUGCAUGCAAGGAGAUCGAUGUCGGUGGUCACAGAGGAUGGAGGCUGAAGGUGCUGGAGGCCUUUAUCAUAACACUCACAUUCACCCAAUUCCUGUAUGUCCUGUUGCUCCAUGCCGGACUAAUUAGCAGCAAGUAUGGACCAGGGUACAGGGACCCAGACUACGGCGCAGGCGCGGCGGCUGACCCAGCCGCUCCCAAAGCGGGUGGCGGUGUAGGCAGCAGGGUUUAACUUCACGUCCUCCCUCCACCAUUCUGUCUCUCAUUUGUGCAGUGUUUUCUCGACCAUAUUCUCUCUCAUUUUGUGGUUCGACGUGCUGUAAUGAUCUUAUCUUCUUUCCUUCGACUUGGUUUGCUUUUGCUGGGUUUGGGUUGUAAAUUUGCCCUGUAAAUAUUUGUUGGUAUUGAGACUGUUGCAAUAUGUAUUGAAUGGUGUACAGAUGGUCUACUGUAGUGAAAGAUGAAUUUUGUUUUUUUUUUUUUGGUCCGACGUCACCCGAAUGGGGUAACCUAAGGCAGUUGUGGGGAGCCUUAAAAAAUUAGA